AUGAAGGCGACGAUCGUGCUUGUCGUUGUGUUGGUGGCCCUUUUGGGUGCGGUCCACGCCGCGCAAGAGUCGGGCGGUGAUGCUGCGAUCCGGGAGCAGUUCAACGCCUUUGUCCAGCGCUAUGGGAAGAGCUACGCCUCUGCCGAGGAGGCCGAGCAGCGCUUCGCCAUCUUCACCCAAAACCUUGCCGAGACCGCUGCCCUCAACAUCAAGUAUGAGGGCAAGACGCAGUUCGGCAUCACCAAGUUUGCGGACAUGAGCCAGGAGGAGUUCCAGUCGCGCGUGCUCAUGAGCAACCCGCCGCCCCCGCCCACCGAGAAGCCCUACCGCGGACCCAAGUUCGAGGGUUUCACGGCUCCCUCUACCUUCGAUUGGCGCAACAAGCCCGGCGUCGUGACCCCCGUCUACGACCAGGGACAAUGCGGUUCUUGCUGGGCGUUCUCGGCGACCGAGAACAUUGAGUCGCAGUGGGCGCUGGCCGGCCACAAGCUGACCGGACUCUCGAUGCAGCAGAUCGUCGACUGCAGCUGGUGGGACGACGGCUGCGGCGGCGGCUUCCCCUCCUACGCCUACGAUUACGUCAUCGAUGCGCCUGGCCUCGAUGCGCUGGCCAACUACCCCUACACGGCCGUCGGUGGCUCGUGCGCCUUCAAGGAGAGCCAGGUGGUGGCCAAGAUCUCGAGCUGGACCUACACCACCACCGACAGCAACGAGCACCAGAUGGCCAACUACCUGGCCCAGCACGGCCCCAUCUCCGUCUGCGUCGACGCCGAGUCCUGGCCGUCCUACACCGGCGGUGUGUACAGGGCGUCGGCGUGCGGCACCUCGAUUGACCACUGCGUGCUUGCGGUCGGCUACAACUUGACGGCCAACCCGCCCUACUGGAUCAUCCGCAACUCGUGGGGCACCAGCUGGGGCCUUGAGGGCUACAUGCACCUCGAGUUUGGCACCGACGCCUGCGCCGUGGCCGAGAUGACCACGUCCGCCAUCAUCUAA